GGUGGUUAUAAAACGGCUAACGUAAAGAUUUCUGUCAGCUAAUUUUGACCAUUUUCUCCAUCGAAAUUUCUUCGCCAUGGCAGCGAGUGUCAGCACAAUGUCCAGGAUGGAGCCGCCUCAGCAAACGAGUUUGAUACAGGAAAAGGAGCUGAUGGAGCGGAGAAUGCUGGAGGAAAUCAAAAGGCGUCGUGACGCUGGCCAGGACUCAUGGGCUUUGGAGGACUUCCAAGUAGGCCGUCCCCUGGGCCGAGGGAAGUUCGGCAGGGUUUAUCUCGCCCGAGAGAAGAAGACAAAGUACCCUGUGGCCCUUAAAAUGUUAUUCAAAAAGGAACUGAUUAAGCACAAAAUGGAGGAGCAGCUGAUUCGAGAGAUCGAAAUACAGUCCCACCUGAAGCACGAGAACGUCCUGCAGAUGCUGACGUACUUCGUGGACGAAAGGAGGGUCUUCUUGGUCCUCGAGUACGCCUCCAAGGGCGAGUUGUUCCGCGAGCUGAACGCGCAGAAGCACGGCCGCUUCGAGGAGCCAAAGUGCGCCAAGUACAUUUACCAGGUAGCCAGCGCCCUGCAGGCGUGCCACGACUGCCAGGUGAUACACAGGGACAUCAAGCCCGAGAACAUCCUCAUCUCUGCCAGGGGCAACAUCAAGAUUGCAGACUUCGGGUGGUCCGUCCACGACUCGUCCCACACCAAAAGGAAGACUAUGUGUGGAACGCUGGACUACCUGGCGCCGGAGAUGGUGAAGAACAUGGAGCACACGCACCUGGUGGACAACUGGUGCGUCGGCAUCCUCUGCUACGAGCUGUUGGUGGGCAAGCCGCCCUUCGAGAGCAAGUCCAGCCAGAAGACCUACCAACGCAUCUGCGAGGCUCACAUCGACUUCCCGCCCUACGUCGGCACCCUCGCCAGAGACCUCAUUACCAAGUUGCUGCAGGUGAAGCCUGAGAACCGCCUGUCCCUGAAGGAGGUGAAGGUGCACCCUUUCAUCGUCAAGCACUGGCCCUUGAAGAGCGUGGAUGAUGCCCCGAAGCCCACUAACAAUGAGUGAAUUUGAAGACUUGUAUGUAAUUCUUUUAAGGUUUAUAUUGAUCUGUAGAUAUUGUGGUUUUAAUCAGAGUUGAGCCCGGUAUAUCUUCACCACUGGUUUUACCUCUCAAUUCCUUAUUUCUUCUUUGAAAAUCUUAAAUUUGUGGUCCAAGUGGCCAAAAUAUUUCAUCCAAAAAUUGUUUGUUUACUACCUCGAUUUCUCUCUGUAAAUUUUCCAAGUCAAGGUCAUGAGAAAACGCGGGUUUUUAGCAACCCUGUUUUGUUUUCAGUUUGUUUAUAUAAAUUAAUGGCUGCGAUCUUUCCUUGCUGUAAUAUAAUGAGAAAUUAAUUUUGAA